AUGGACAAAUUCCUACCCAGCGCAAGCGAUCGAUCCCGCAGCGGAACGCCUGGGAACGGGCGAUUCACGGCGCAGGCCGAAACUGCCGAGGACAUGCUAAAAUCGCAAACUGUCGGCCUAGUACACCUUGAUGACUUUCGCAAAAGACGCGCCGAAGCACUCGAGCAGAAGGAGCGCGGUAGCUCAGGUGCGAAUACGCCGCAAGACGGGGCAGCAACGCCGAUACCCUCAUUCAAGAAGAAGCGCAAAGUAGCUGCAAAGGGCAAACUUUCAUUCGGGAUCGACGCAGAUGAGGAAGCAGACUCGAGCACUUCCACAGUCCCCACGCCCCGUGGCGGCACGCCCGUUGCUACAUCCGCUGUGAACUCGGAAAAUGAGGGCAAGGUCUUGAAGAAAAAGAAGCUUGGGGCCAGCACUAGCAUAGGCUUGAAACCACGGGUCAUGACGAAGACGGCGUUGCAGCGCGAGGCACAGCAAGCAGAUCUGGCGCGACAGGACUUCUUGGCCAUGCGCGAGGCUGUCAAAGCAACCGAAGUGGUAAUACCAUAUGUCUUCUACGACGGAACGAACAUCCCAGGCGGUCGUUGCAGGGUGAAAAAGGGAGACCAUAUCUGGCUGUUUCUCGACAGGGCGCGAAAAGCUGGCGCUGAGCUUGGAGUUGGUGGCGAUAAGAGCAGGCGAGACUGGGCCCGGAUCAAUGUUGACGACCUGAUGCUUGUGAGGGGUGAGGUCAUCAUACCACCACACUACGACUUAUACUAUUUCUUAUUUAACAAAGCUGUGGGGUUCAACGGGCCAAUCUUCGAGUAUUCGGCGCAACCAACGAAAGCGACACCAGUGGCAGGCCCCGACCCCGAUCCUGCUACUUUCAAUCCCUUAGAACGACCCGGACAGAACAAGGAUAAGACCCCUGCAAUUCCAGACGAAGAAUUGGAAGGCUACGGCGAGGAUCCAGCUCUUACCAAGGUCGUGGAUCGAAGGUGGUACGAGAGGAACAAGCACAUCUUCCCCGCCAGUGUAUGGGAGGAAUACAAACCCGAAAAAAAUCUGUCCAAGGUGCAACGGAAAGACACCGAGGGCAAUGCGUUUUUCUUCUCGUAG